CAGUGUCGGUGUGGGCCAGUUGGUGUAGGUGGAGGUGGUCUAUACCGCUAGUGCUGCUUGUAUAUUGGGUUGUGCUUUGUCUAUGCGAUCUCAUACAGAGGAGACAUUACGAUGGCUAACAGUGAAACACCCGUCAAUAGCACUAACGCUGAGUUUGGAGGCGGUGGAGAUGCAGAGGCUGUUGUGGGCGUGAGUAAAAAGGAAAGAGCACCUCUAUUAACACAACGCAGAUUAUUUCGGAGCUUAAGUGGACGGGAUAUUUCCACCAGCAGCUCAGAGAACAAUGACUCUGACCGUACACUUGGUACACUUACAGGAGUGUUUGCUCCUGUGUGUCUGUCACAGUUCAGUGCUCUACUCUUUCUCCGUGUUGGAUUCAUUGUAGGAAAUUUGGGUCUUCUAGCAGCAACUGGCACCCUGACCCUGGCAUAUGGGAUUCUGCUCUUUACGGUUUUGUCAAUUUGUGCCAUUUCUACUAAUGGUGCUGUUGAAGGCGGUGGAGCAUAUUAUAUGAUCAGUAGAACUCUUGGACCAGAGUUUGGUGGGGCAAUAGGAGCACUGUUCUUCUUCGCCAACAUUUUUAGCAGUGCUUUAUACACAACUGGCUGUGUAGAGGGUUUGGUCGACAAUUUUGGUGAAAGUGGUAGAAUUGCGCAAUUCUUACAAGAGGGAAGAUGGUACAGCUUUGCCUAUGGAUCUGCAAUUAACUUCUUCAAUUUAUUGAUUUGCCUCAUCGGUGCUGGACUGUUUGCCAAGUUGACCAUUGUCAUCUUUGCCGUCGUCCUCUUCUGCAUCGGCUCAGUCAUUCUCAGUUUUCCCAUCAAUAAUUUUGAGAUAGAAGUACAAAUUCCAGCUGCCAACCCUCGAGUAAACAGUACCCAUCAGCUGAAUGGUACAUACACAGGAUUUUCACUAAGUACUUUGGAGGACAACUUUUAUCUACCAGAUACAACAUCACGUGACUACACUUCAUGUAGUGGAGAUGACUACGAUACCUGCACCGUGGUCACUUUUGCAAUGACUUUUGGGGUGUUAUUCAGUGGUGUCACUGGCAUUAUGGUGGGAGCUAAUAUGUCAGGAGAACUAAAGGCUCCAGGACGAAGCAUUCCAUGGGGCACACUUAUGUCAGCCCUCUUUACAUACUUGAUAUAUAUACUGAUAUUUAUUUUGACUGCUGCUACGUGUGAACACUUCCUACUGUGCAACAACUACAUAUACAUGAUGGGUAUCAAUAUAUGGAGGCCAUUUGUUAUGAUUGGAGUUGUGACAGCCACAUUAAGUGCCAGUUUGAGCAAUAUCAUUGGAUCUUCAAGAAUUUUAGCAGCACUCGCAAAGGAUAACAUCUAUGGAAAACUAACUUACUACAUUGGGUUAUUGUCGUGUGGCACUAACCCGGUGGGUGCAGUUCUGGUGUCAGCCAUCCUGGUGGAAGGUGUGCUGCUCAUUGGUGGACUCAACAAUAUUGCAAAAUUUACCUCCAUCUUCUUCCUUCUCUCCUAUUUAUCAACCAAUCUGGCAUGCCUUGGGCUGGAGUGGGCCAGUGCUCCAAACUUUAGGCCAACCUUCCGUUACUUUUCAUGGUGGACCGCAAUGUUGGGGAUAAUUGGAAAUGGUGCAAUGAUGUUUGUGAUCAGUCCAUCUGUAGCUGGCAUCUGUGUCAUCAUGUUGUUGAUACUGGUCAUCAUCCUCCACCUACGAUCACCAUCGGAGCAACACCAGUGGGGUUCCAUAUCCCAGGCUCUUAUAUUCCAUCAGGUGCGCAAAUAUUUGCUGCUGUUAGAUUCUCGGAAAGACCAUGUCAAGUUUUGGCGCCCACAGAUGCUUCUUAUGGUGAACAACCCACGAUCAGCUUGCCCCUUGAUUGAUUUCACUAAUGAUCUCAAGAAAUCUGGUCUCUAUGUCUUAGGUCAUGUUAAGAUCGGUAUCUUUGAUGGGCGUUCGACAGACCCGGCAGCUGAGGACUACCCAAAGUGGAUGGCACUUGUGGAUCAUUUGAAGGUAAAGGCAUUUGUGGAGGUGACUGUUGGGCGCACAGUACGAGAAGGUCUGCACCACCUGGUUCGUGUUUCUGGUCUUGGAGCCAUGAAGCCCAAUACAAUUCUUUUGGGUUUCAGAGAUAACGCACCUUCUCAAGAUUUCUUUACGAGGCUGAUCCUGCUGUCACCAGAGUCUGACGUAUACGAGAUUCCAGCAACCUUUUCUUACGGCUCUAUAGAUGCAGAGGCUGGAGUGACACCAGUACAGGGAGAGUCAUCUCCAUUUAAUGUCAGUAACUAUCAAGCUACGUCACCUACAUCUGCAUCACCGUCUAUGCUGGCUCAAGGCUUAUCCUCAAGUUCAGGAAUCACACCAGAAGAAUAUGUUGGAAUGGUUUCUGAUGUCCUCAGUUUAGGCAAGAAUGUGUGCCUUUGUCGUCACUUCCAUCAGAUGGAUAAAGCUGCUAUUUUGAGAAAGGAUAGCCGACAAAAGUUUUUCAUUGAUGUUUGGCCAGUAGAUUUCUUCAACCCCGAUGAUUCCAACAUAUUUGGCACCACCUCUCUCUUUUUGAUGCAGCUGGCAACAAUUUUGAACAUGGUGUCAUCCUGGCGGAAAAGAACUAUGCUACGAGUUUUCCUGUGUGUGUCAUCUGGAGAUGCAGACCCUGAAGCUCAAAGCAAGCAGGUGAAACACAUGUUACAUGAGCUUCGUAUCAAUGCAACCAUUGUCCCAGUACCAUGGGACCAUAUUACUUCUCAUAUUCAACAGAACUUGAGUGAUUCCCAGUCUGAAGCAGAGGCAGAUGCAGACUCCCUCUCACACCUGAAUGAUGAAUACAUCAAUGGUGUCAAUGGACUCAUCUCGGGACAAAGUGUAGACACUGCUGUGACCUUCCUCUACCUCCCUCGUACCCCACAAAAUCCAGCUCAAUAUCCUCGAUACCUGGAGUUACUGACAAACAUUACCAAUGGUUUGAGACCCACAGUCAUGGUGCAUGGAAUCUCUGCUGUCACUACCACAACUCUGUAGCUCCAUCCAAAUAGAAAAAUUGGAGAAGAGUUUGAGCAAAUGAUAUGAAAGCACAGUACAGUAUACACUUGAACAUAUUUGUGAUGAAUAAUGAUAGGUGUAUACCUGGGCACUUGAGAGUAUGACCUCAUGUCAUAGCCAAUUUAUACCAAAUAUCUUUUAUCUGUACAGUAAAUGCUGUUCUUGUUCUCACCAAAGGUUUUAAUCAGUAAACAAGCAAUCAAAUACUAUGUAGUCAUGGACUUCAAAGAUUGUACUAAGUUGAGUGCUUGGAAUAUGUGAUCUUGCCAGUAUGAGGUAGACAUCCAUAAUGGGAAUUAGUUAUGGAAAAGGAUUUGGCUGUAACACCCUCGUUUUUAAUAUAAUUACAGUUUUAUGAUAAGGUUAUUGUUUUAGAUCAGCAGCAUUCUAAAUUUAUAUACAUUAUCAAUCUUUUGUUUGUGUGCAGUGACAUAACAACAGUGCACCUAUUUCUAAAAGCACAGAACAGAAAUAUUGAUUAGAAAACACACUGAUUUAGAAUAAUGUAUUUCUUAUAAGAAAAAAUAAUUUAGCCAUAGUAAACGUCCUACAGUUUAUCAAGAGCAAGUCGCGAGACAUUACUUGGUUAAUAACUCUUGAUCCAUAAUAAUGGAGUACAAAACCACAAUGAAAAUAUUUUUUAUCUGGACUAUCGGAAGUUUUAGUCCCAAGAAAUUUAUAGGAGUGAUUAUACUAUGGUUUUAUUCUAGUGAGACCGACAUUGUUCUUGAUUAGGUACUCCACAUGCAUUUUUUAAAUUAUUAUUGCUUUCUCAUUUACAGGUAUAUGUACCUUAGUCAGAUGUUUACAUGUAAGCUUCAAGAAUAUAUGAUUACCUGAUAGUGUUGCACAAUUUUUAUGAUACAUAAGGGGAUGACCCUCAUACCACUUAGGCUGCAUUUACACCAAAUGAGUCAAGUCAAGACGAGUCAUGACUCGUCUCUACUUGCCAUUGCAGUUCACAUUAAUUUAUAUGUAUUUUUCUAGAAAUCGUUUGCACCGGGAGAGUCGAGUCGAGUCAUGUAUGAGACUAGACCCAUUUUUUCUUCAGUCACCACGCGUUUGUUGUGGUGUGAACAGCAUGGUCCUGUCAUGCCCACCAACUUCUUGAAGUUUUCAGUUGUCAUCCUCAAGAAAUAGUAGAAUUUGUCUGGAUGGUUCACCAAUUCUGGGAAUAAAUGACUAAAGGCACCAAAAUCUGGUCUUUUGGUGUUAAUUUCAUGUAUCACAAUCUGAUCCUCCUCCCCCUACGCCGCCAAACCCACAAUAGAGCAUAUAGUUCAGCGCGAGAAUAUGUGUCCAUACUGCUCGAAAUCAGGCUGGGUACUGACAAUUUAGUGACAAACCUGGCUCGUUUUAACUCUUUCGGUGUGAACGGGAAUGAGUCAAAUGACUCUAAUGAAUCGACUAGACUCGUUUGGUGUAAUUGCAGCCUUACUAACAUGAAGUAUUAUGUUAGUGCACAACAUUUUCUAUUCCAUUACAGUAGUAAAUCUAUUCACCUAUUUAUGGGAUGACAUUAUUUUACCUAAUAAUUUAGGACAGUGUUAUACUGUACUAUGGUUAAUUUAUUAUUGUUAAAUAUGUUAUGAUUUUAUUAUUAUAUGCUAAUAUUCUUCAGAGAAUAUCUGUGAAUUUUUUUUACUAGACUUCAAGUUUUGCCUAUGCAUCACUGAGAUAGAAUAUACAAAACUAAGAAUUCCUAAUAACCUAAAGUAGCCAAAUUGUAGCCAAUAUCUUUUUUGUCUUGCCAUGUCAUCAUGAAGAUUUAGUGACACGUACAAUAGAAGCACACAUCAUUGUACAACUCAAUUCAAGAGGCUAUUUAGAGGUUGUGAGGGUGACCCUGUCACUUAUUUUGGAGACAACACUUGGACUGACAUCAUGUAUUUUUUUAGAAAUACAGUGUCACACUUUUUAAGAAAAGGUGAUAAAAGAAAUUUGAUCCCAGCAAUCUUUUAAUUGGAAUUUUUGUUGAUUUCAGAUGUUUUCCAUCUUUUAGAUGGUACUGUAAACUUAUUUUUAAAAUUAUUUUGCCACUUUGUAUUAUGUGCCAUUAGCAGGUCAGUAAGUUAUGUUAUAAAAUACACAGUAUAUAUAUUCAGAAAUUAAUUUGGUUACUCUCAUACUUUUGCUUGAAUAUCAAAGUUUAAUUGUGUUUAUUUUGCCUUUUGUUAAAUUCGGCAAAAAUUACUAGAUUUUUACUAUCUUUGAAUUGGUAUUAACCAAAGAAAUAAUUAUGCAUUAUUAUUAAGGCAGUUAUAAAUCAUCAGUGAUAUAAUUUCUUCCAUUAUUAUUACAGUUUUAAUUGUUGCUGUUUAUAUUAAGAAAUAUGGUCUCAUGUAAAGAGCUUAACAUAUUGAUAUAAUAGAGGAUCUAUUUAUUAUAAUACUGUACAUGGACAUAUAUAUUAUAUAUGUGUGUGUCAUCACUAUUGUAUAUUCAAUGGACUUUUUCAGGUUCUGUGUAGCUAUGUAAUACUCACCUUAUUCCCAGGUGAAUGAAAUGAAACCGGUACAUCAAGGCUCACAUGACACUACACUGAUACAUACUACAGUCUCCUUAACCCUCAAUUUAUGCUAAGAUAAAAAGUGAAUGUGCCUCCAUAUACAGUAAUUUUAUUAUCUGAUAACCAUUCACUUGUGCAUUACUAAGUUGAGUUUUCUGUGAGACUGUCUUCACAUACACAACCUUCAUCCACAUUUCUUACUCGUACUUCAUUUGUUCACAAAAUAUUUAUUGAUGCUGUGAGUGUUUGUUUUGUACACAGCAUUCUUCUGGACUAAUCAUUUAUUUAUUAAAGCUGUGUUUUCCAAGCAUUAAGUAGCACCACCACCCAAACUCAGCUAAGUUUCUGUUGUGACCUGCCUCCUUCACAUUAUUAUAAUUUUUGUAAGUGGUAACAGCAUAAUUAACAUUUUCUGUACAUGUUUUGAAUAUGUUUGUAGUAUUAACAAAGAAACAAAACUAUUUUUUAUUUAAAAAAAUGUGAAAGUAAGCACCUACUUUUUUUAGUGUGAUGCGUGAGCUUACUUUUCAGCUGUUAUUUUUCUGUGUGCUUGAGGACAGUACUGUAUUUUGUUUUCAUGGCAACAACAAUAACAAAAUCCAGUUUCUCAAAAGUAUGAUGUCACAAAAGGUAAAAGAAUGUUCUUGGCUUUGUCUGACAAGAUGCGAUACUUUGUACUCCUUUUUGACAUAAAGCCAAAACCUGGAGAUUUUCCUAAUCAAAUGCCUGUUACAGUAUAACACUCCAUCAGUUGAUAGGUCUGUGAGAUGUUCAUAUUCAAAAGUUAUUAACAAAUAGACUUCUAAUCUAUUCAUGUUUUUAAAAAUAUAUUCCCAUGAAAUUAAUUGAAAACUACUUCUGUAAAGUGUUCAGCUGUUUGAUAAAUCAUUCACUGUUGUCUUCCAUUUCAUUGCUAUAAAGAUAUCUUUCUGAUGAAGGGAACAUGUCAAAAACAUUAUUUUAUAAAAAAAAAAAUUCCAUAAUUGUUGCUGACAAAAAAUACUUUUACUUGUCAUGUUUGAAAAACUUGCAUUUGCCUAUUCAAAUUGCUCAGUUUUCUAAAACAUCUACCAAACUAUUUUUAGGCUCCAGUUUAAAGGCCUGUGCCCCCUCAGCCAUCAGUAUGGUAUGUGCCCCACAAUUUGGAAAACACUACAUAUGAUGGCUCUCAGCUAUUUUACACUUACAACAGGUAAGUUAUGCUCUUUAGAAAUGUACUAUAUGUGGCAUAGACCUUAGACCAAUUGAUGUCAAUUUAGUCUUAUAUUUGCACAAGUAGAUAUUACAGUCAUUCUCUAGUAAGUAUCAUUAAGGCAUCCAGAAAUUACAACAGCAAAUAUGAUUUUUAUUACAAUAUAAAAGGCCAUAAAGUAUCCAUAACUGACUAUAAUUACUUGGAGGCAUCAGCAGACAGUGAAAAUUGUACUUUUGAAAAUAUUAAUGCUGUUAAAGUAAUCUGAAUACAGUAAUUGAGUUGAGGCCAAAAAUAAUCCAAAAAUUUUAUGUCAGAACACUCAGUGUUUGGCAGUCUUGGAGAGUUAUUACUUCAAGCUCAGGAGGAAAAAGCUUUUUGAACUCUGGCGAAAAGUCAACAAAGCAUAUUUCAAAUUUGGUUACUAUUUGUAUCAUCUCAAGGCAAAGUUGACCUUCCUCACUUGUAGACUGAUCUUGGAAAAUAAAGAUUAUAUAUAUAGUAUAAAUGCUGAUCUAUCAAUACAGUGUAAAAUUACCAUUUAAUUCUUUGGACUGUUAGUCCAUUCUUUUAUAUGAGUUUGUAAGAACCCCCACUGCAAAUUAAUGUCAAAUGCAAACCCUUGAGUGGUAGAAUUUGAAAAUGCUGUACAAAUUAAAGAAUCUAAACUUUUGUGUAACCUCAGAGAAAAAAGGGAGAGAGUGGCCAGCUUUUUGCAAAUAUUGCAUAAAUACAUGUACCCUGCUUUACUUCAGUUCAAAUUUGUAUCUGGUGGGUUGAAGCUAAGAACAUUACAGUAUCUUUAAAUUCUGUUCAUGCUAUGUUAUGGUCAAUUAAUUCAACCUAAGUCAUGCCCAGAUUUAUUUAUUUAUUUAUUUAUUUAUGUAUUUAUUUUUUUUUUUACACAACCCCAAAGAACCCCAAAAAUCAUGUGGGAACAGUGAAAAUCACACCUGUAGGUUCCUUACCUGGUUUAAAGGUCCAAAACACUCAGGCAUUGCCUUGCAUGCAGUGUCAUUCAGAGGUGCCAGCAUGUUGCUACCAUUUACUCUUCCUUAUAUUAUUUACUUGUCAAUGUAACUAUAUAAUUUGUUCUAUAUACAUACACUAUGUACAUUGGAGGCACAAAGUUGCAUGUCAGAUUGCAUCCUGAAAAUUUUCACUGGGAUGACAUGAAUUACGUCAAUGACCAUUAUGAGGUUAAGUACUGAUAAAUCUAAUUGAUGACCCCUACAGUAGUAAAGAUUUAUCAGAACCCUUUAAAUAAAAUCAGAAUAUUGUACAGUACAAGAGUUUUGUUUACAAUAAGUUGAAGCCUAAGAAUUCACAAGACUGAUAUUUAUAUUAUAAGUUUAUAUACCCUGUAUAACAUCCCCAACUCCUUUUCCUGUUUCAAAUUGUGAAAUGAAUGAUAUUACACAACUUGUUGACCCCUCAUACCCUUAUUUUGAACAGGCAGUUCAUAGUACAGUAGAAUAAAAAGCUAAGACAAUCUAUGUGAAAAUGUAUCAUUGUUUUUCUUAAUAUGGGCAGUACAGUCAUAUAAGAAAAAUUAUUUUUCUUAAAUUCAGUGCAAAAGCUUGUCAGGAUGAAAGUUUUAUAACCGAAGCUAUGGUGAAUUUACCCUUUCUUAAUUGAAGGUUUAGUGGCAUAUGUAUAUUAAAUUUGUGGUACAGUAUCUCAAAAACAUAUCUGCAAUGAUGGGUCCGAAAUGCUACUUGCAGCUCAUGAUACUCGGCUGUGUGGCAUGCUGAUCCUACAUAUUACCUUAUUUAUGUUAAACUAUAUACUGUACCAAAUUAAAUGCUUGUUCCAAUAUCUAUCGUCCAUGGUCUCAUAAUGUUUCACACAGUAUGUGGACAGAUACUUUUUUGAGAUACCAGUACUGUACAUGAAAAAUGUUGAAAUAUGGUUGCUUAGGUUUCAUGACUAUGAAAUGGAUUCAUUAUUAAUAUAGUAAUAACUCUGUUAGCCGGAAUCCCUCUUAACUGGAACUCUCUGAUAGCUGGAAUUGAAAUUUUCAUAGAAAAUCGUUCCCAAAGCCAGAAUUUUCCGGAAAAUUCCAUCUUUGGGAAAAAUUGUACGAGGGGCAUAUUUUCUGGAAAAUUCUGAUAAAAUUUUCCAAGUACCUAGAUAAUUUUAGGGAUAGGGAGUUUUUUCUUGGGUUUGAGAGAUAAAAAUCGGGCGUGUUUUCCAGAAAUUCUGAGAUAAUAUUUCCGGUACACGGAAAAUUCCAGGGAUGGGGGAUAUUUUUGUGGGUUCAAGAGACGAUGUUAUGUGCAAUUUUGGGAACUUUCGAGAAAAUGUUUCCGUUACCCAGAAAAUUCCGGAGACGAGGGAUUUUUUCCGGUUUUGAGAGAGUCGUCUCCUUACCUGGAAAUCUUUCAUUCCUGGAAGUGCUCUGCACCAAUUGUUCUGGCAACCAAAGAUAUCACUUUAAGUAGGUUUUCCAAUGUUUGUAUUUCUAGCCUACAAAGUGAGAUGUAAUAUUCCCAUAUACAAGUAUUUUAUUUGUAAAGGUGUUCAUCUAUCCAUCCAUGAUGAACAUGAUUUUUGUGUCCCAUUGCAUAUACUGUGGACAUACUGCUUUGCACCCAUCUGUCUCUACUUCUAUCCCAAUCAAGUUUGUUUGCAGGAUUACAUGAAAAAUUAUUCAACUUUUAGAAUUGAUUUAGGUUUCUCGAUAUGCAAUGAUGCAUUCUUGAAUAACAUAAUGAUGUUUUCAAAUUGCUAGAUUCGAUUUCCUAAACACAGUUCUAGUUUAUUGGUCCUGAUCACAUGUGCAGCAGGAUUCAGCCAAAAGCAUUCAGUGUAGAGCAAUUAUACUCUUGUGUGUGUGCGUGCGCUCUAGUACAGUACAGUAUAGGCAAUGACCGUUAUAGGAUAAAUCUUUAUAGUGUACACUCGAUUAGUUUUAUGAUGGUUGCCACUGCUAUGAAAAAGUGAUGUGGAAUAACUCACAAUAUUCUGAGAUAUGAUGACACAAUCUUGGAAUGGAAUAACACAUGCGACCCAAGUGUGAUGCGUGGGAGGUUCUGUCCGUCCCGUGACUGCCAGGCUAAGCAGUUGAACUGUGUCACAUCGCCCAGAGAAUGGUUUGCGUGUGGAAGAAACUGUUAUGUGUACAUAAAUUAAUACACUAUACCUGUAUACAGUUCUGUACCAGAAAAAUGUGAGGAAUAAAUAUUAAUAUUAAUAAUAAUAAUUAAAAUAAAACAAAAAAUACUGCACUCUCAUAUUAGCAAUCUUGUAACUAUGCACAGGACAGCAGAGCCAUAGGGGAAUACCACUCCCUCCCUCCCAUUUUUGUUUUAGCCCUCACACAUAAUAGAUGUUUAGUCCCUUUAUGUUUUAGACCUUAUUUUGAUUAUUAUUUACUUAUUUUGCACAUUAUUUAUGAACGUUUGUGUGUGCGUGUACUUGAGUAAAAAUAAUAAUAAUAAAAUUACGAUAUCUACCUGAAAAUACAGGUUGAAAAAUAAUAACGCAGUGAGCAGAUUGGCUGGAGGCAGAGAUAUCGACAUUGCAUACCCUCCCGGGGACUUAAGAAAUUUUUAUUCCUUAUGUUUUUUAGCUUAUGAUAAUUUUUUCACAUUCUGUAUGAAUGAUUGUGUGUGCAUGUAACAAAGUUAAAAAAAAAUGAAGAAAAAUGCAGAAUUCAACUCAAAAUUACUUGUACUGAAAGCUGGGGGGUCACAACUUACCACUGUACACAUACAUAUCAUGUAAGGUAAAUGAAAAUAAAUUUUUAUUUUCCUUAAA